AUGCUUGCCGGGACUCGACUGCUCAGCCUGCACGUUACCGGUUUGUGUAGACCAGUGAGCUGUCGGGCUGUAGAUCUGUUCAUUGUUGAUCACUUGGGCUGGUUGUACAUCAGCAGGAGCAGCGUACAAGUACGAUACCUACUUUGUCAGUCGAUCAUGGAAGCUCUAUUCAGGCCGCCGGACUGGCUUUUAGAGGGGAGGAACAUUCCCCAGGUUUCUGUAGGGUAA